GUGCCCAGCCAGUUCUUGCCCCUCGCGGAUGCCCUGGCGGCAGCGGGUUUGUGGAAGCCCCGGGGCCUAGCCUGUUUCCCGGCUUACGGCAGCAGCGUAGCCCGCAGUCAAAUGCAACUGGCACUUCGCACGCACUGUGCUUUCUCCCGUCUCUUCCCGUCUCCUCCCGCGGCGCUGUCCUCGGCCGCCCUCGACCUUUCGCACUCGUGACUGCCUGGCCAGGGAGCCUGGCGGGCUGCAGCAGAUUUCUGAUUUCCUGCAGCCUCCUCUUACCCCGGGCUGCCCAAGUCUUGGCGGCUGAGGGUGGCUUACCAUCCAGCCGUUCCUUCAUGGGCUUUGCUGCCCCCUUCACCAACAAGAGAAAGGCUUACUCCGAGCGUAGGAUCAUGGGGUACUCAAUGCAGGAGAUGUUCGAGGUGGUAUCCAAUGUCCAGGAGUACUGCGAGUUUGUGCCUUGGUGUAAGAAGUCUUUGGUGGUAUCCAGCCGCAAAGGUCACCUGAAAGCCCAGUUGGAGGUUGGCUUUCCACCUAUCAUGGAACGUUAUACCUCUGCUGUUUCCACGGUCAAACCUCACAUGGUCAAGGCUGUUUGCACUGAUGGCAAGCUCUUCAACCACUUAGAGACCAUUUGGCGAUUCAGCCCGGGUAUUCCUGCCUACCCCCGAACUUGCACUGUGGACUUUUCGAUUUCCUUUGAAUUUCGUUCUCUGCUGCACUCCCAGCUGGCCACCAUGUUUUUUGAUGAGGUUGUCAAACAGAAUGUCGCUGCCUUCGAGCGCCGGGCAGCCACCAAGUUUGGUCCAGAAACAGCCAUCCCCCGUGAACUGAUGUUCCAUGAGGUGCACCACAGUUGAGGCAAAAGAGUGUUAAGAGUGUUCCUUAGCUUCUUGACUCUCCCUCUCCACCCAAUUCUUUUAUUUAUUUCACUUGGCUCCUGCUCCAAUCUGAGAGAAGUCUGUGUUUAUAGUACUGUUUUCCCUCCCGUUUCUCCAGAAAUUGGGCUCUAAGCUGGCUGGAAACGCUGGGAGAAAGAAAUGGCAGGGGGGUAUGGAAAGGACAAAUGAUUAGGAAAUGGUCGGGCUCACCUUGAGAGCCCUAUAUGCCUGAUGCCUGCAGCUUUCUCACACUGAAUUAUAAUUAGGACUGUGUGGCUAUCUCUGAGCCCUGUCAAGAUACCUUAGUGUCUGACCAGGGAAAACAGCAACUUUUCUUAAGGAUUGAAUAAAUUGAGCUUUUCCCUCUGACACAGAGGAACUGAAUGGUCAAUUACUUUUGCUUGCUUGAAGUGCCUCAGGGGAUGCCAGAGAUCUGGCCACAGCUUGAAAUCACAUGACCUUACUUUAAAAAAUAUUUCCAUGUUAGUGGAGAGCCUGGGGCUUUCUUAUCAGUGCCACGGGGUGAGGAGAAAAAAGCACUGGACAGAGUUGCAUUCUUGGGCUGUACCUUAUUCUUCCACUUGGCCUGAGUUUUUAUAAAAUUUCAAUAAAUUAAUUAUGACUGUGUGAA